AUGCGGGAGUUUGAGAGAGAUCUAGACCAUACGGUUGAUGAUCGUUGGAAUGUUCGUACGGGUAGGAGUGGGCGGUUUAUUCGGGGAGAUGGGAGUUCAUCGGCUGUUGAGAGUCAAAAGGGAAAGGGGAAAGAUGUUGAUGACCUUAGCUGGAAGGUCACAAGUCCAGUUGUAGGAGGACCUACGGUUCGGUCAGUUAUCCCUAGUUUUAGUGGACACGUAGCUAUGGAGAUUUGGGGAGUGGGGGAUAGAAUUCCCCUGAAGUGUCAGACCCGAGAGAGGAUUAUUUGUGCACGUUUGAGGACGUGGGUUAGGACAUUGCCUCCACUGAUACAGGCUCGUCUUUGUAGGACGUCUCUGUACCAUAUCCCUUUUACUAUGUUCACACACAUUGAUGCACCCUUGAUUUCAGCAUUUGUCGAGCGGUGGCAAGCUGAUACGAGUUCUUUUCACCUACCGUUUAGGGAGAUGAAGAUCAUGAUGCAUGAUGUAGUGCAUAUAUUGCAUCUUCCAGUUGAGGGGUGCCUGGUUCAUGACACUACUUCAUCUGGUGCUCUUAGGGGUUAG